CUGUUCGUCUGUUUAAUUUGUUUAGCUUGAGCCCCAAAUCGAUACGGGAACCCCUUCCCUGCUGCAAUAGAGAGAGAAAGAGAGAUGAGGCCGAUGCAGGUAGACUUCUUCGCGGACAUGGAGGAUCAAGGAUCAACAGUGGCUAUGGACGUAGAUGACGUGGACGCACUGGAGAUGUUCGGGGAGGGAGUCAUCAACAUGGAAAACAAACUUGCCGACGCCGAUUUCUUCAACUAUUUCGAAGACGAUUUCGAUGACACAGACAUCAACUGAUCUGACCUGACCCUAUCCUCCAUGUAUCUACCUGCCUUGGCUUUUUCUAGCUUUCUAAUUUUGGAGACUAAUGUUGUUUACUAUGUCUCCGGAUUCUUUUGUUCUGCUUUAACUAUUAAUUAAAUAUAAUGGAUGGAAUUGUGUUUGAUUAA